GGAAGUGAUCCCUGAGGACCGAGUUGUAGCCAAAGGACCUGCGGCGGGGCCAGGUUGGGGACCAUGAGCUGAGUACUGCUAAGCACUGGCUUAUGCUGAUAAAGGGGAUUGAACCUGGCAUCUCUGUGCCUCAGCCAUGAUUCCUUUCAAGAUUGGGCAGCCUAAGAAACAGAUUGUCCCCAAAACAGUGGAGAGAGACUUUGAAAGGGAGUAUGGAAAACUCCAGCAGCUGGAGGAGCAGACCAAGAGACUGCAGAAGGACAUGAAGAAGAGUGCUGACGCUGACCUGGCCAUGUCCAAAUCUGCUGUGAAGAUAUCCUUGGAUUUACUCUCUAAUCCCCUCUGCGAGCAAGAUCAGGACUUCCUGAACAUGGUGACAGCGCUGGACACGGCCAUGAAGCGGAUGGAUGCCUUCAACCAAGAAAAGGUGAACCAGAUCCAAAAGACUGUGAUUGAGCCCUUAAAAAAGUUUGGCAGCGUCUUCCCCAGCCUCAACAUGGCAGUGAAGCGGCGGGAACAGGCCUUGCAGGACUAUAGGAGGCUGCAGGCCAAGGUAGAGAAGUACGAAGAGAAGGAGAAGACAGGGCCAGUGCUGGCCAAACUCCACCAGGCCCGAGAAGAGCUGCGGCCGGUGCGAGAUGACUUUGAGGCCAAGAACAAGCAGCUUCUGGAUGAGAUGCCUCGGUUCUACAGCAGCCGACUCGACUACUUCCAGCCCAGCUUUGAGUCCCUGAUCCGCGCGCAGGUGGUGUACUACUCUGAGAUGCAUAAGAUCUUCGGAGACCUGACCCAGCAGCUUGACCAGCCUGGCCACUCGGACGAGCAACGGGAACGAGAGAACGAAGCCAAGCUGAGCGAGCUCAGGGCCCUUUCCAUUGUAGCUGAUGACUGAGCUGCCUACCCUGGGAGACUCCCAGGACCGAGCCAGCCUCUGGCCUUUGCCUUCUUCAUGUUUAGGCUCAGGCCUCAGCCAGAAAAAGACCUUCCCCUUGGGAGAAACGCCUGUGGGCAGGUUAGGCUCUCGCCCACCAGCCCUAUGGAAUGAGCCAGGGCCUGCAGACAGGUAAGCAGGAUAGAAAACCCCAAGGGCCUUAUUCCCCAAAGAACCGUCCAGUGCACCUCCUGGCCUUGGGCCAGAGCAUGUCUCUUGCCCACUGUUGAGUCCUUUGAGGUAUUAGCCUUACCUGUGUGAUUGGGAUCGCAUCUACCUCCAAAAGGCCCACCUUGGGGAGCCCACCCACAUCAAAGACAUUUUCCUGAGACCUAGCAACACGUCUCCCAGCACCACAAAGGCCACUCAGCCUACUUCUCCCCUUAGGUCACAUGCAGGAAGAACCCACAUCCUGCAGGUUCCCCAGGAAGCCAGGACUCAGCUGUAUAAAUAUCCUAUCAGGGCACGCUGAGAACCAGGCCUCUGAGCAGGAACAGUGGGUCUGUGUCGUAUCUGAACAUUUGGAUUAAUUUUUUUCAAGUAAAGUUUUCAAUAAAAUUUCCAUAUAGUACUGUACUGUAAAAGGA